GGAAGAGAACAGCGUUUUCCGGUCCUGCAUCUGACGUGUCUAAAACUGUUUUGCACUGGUGGUGGAUUGUACCUGUCUUGUGGGGGAUUAAUCUGCUCAAGUAUUUUCUGUUAGAUUCGUGGAGGCAAGAUGCUAGAUUUCUUCACCAUCUUCAGCAAAGGGGGGAUAGUGUUGUGGUGUUUUCAGGGAGCUGGAGUUACUGAAUCGUUUACUGGGCCUGUAAACGCCCUUAUCCGCUCCGUGAUCCUUCAGGAACGUAGCGGGAACAAUUCAUUUACUCAUGAAGCCCUGAGUCUUAAAUACAAGCUGGACAAUGAGUUUGAGUUGAUUUUUGUGGUGGGUUUUCAAAAGAUCCUGACGCUGACAUAUGUGGACAAGUUCAUAGAUGAUGUUCAGCUCCAUUUUAGGGAUCGUUAUAAGAAUGAACUGGAGCAAAAGGGAGCCUUGAAGAUGCUCACCAACAACUUUGAGUUUGACGAUGAUUUCCAAAUUCUUCUGAGAGAGGCGGAGGAGAGCAGCAAAGUUCGAAGCCCCGCCCUCAUGAGGACCUUCAAAGAGUCAGGAAAAUCCCAAAAAACUGUGAAGUCAAUGAUUGAGAUCAAGGGUGGAGAUAAAGGCAAGGAACAAGGUGGAAAGAAGAAUAAAAGUACCAAAAAGGAGGCUCAUCCUUCAUCAGCUCCUGCAGCUGAGCCAGCCAAAGGGGAUCAAGCCAAGGCACCAUCCACUAACCAGAAGACAACUGAGAAUGGUGACCAGGGACUGACUAAAGAGGAGAUCAUGCAAAAGAAGAGAGAGGAGUUCUUUCGCAAACGCAUGGCAGGACCUGCUGAAAAACCCACUAAGUCCCCAAAGCCUCAGAAACCUAAGGAGAAGCAAAUGCGUGUUUGGGUUUUGGGUGGUAGCAGUACCAAGAAUUUGGACUACAGUGAAAGAAAUGGAGACAAUACCACCAAUGGCAGUGACCUGAUCCAGGAAGGACAAGUUGACGUUGGGAUGCAGUUGAGCUCCAUGAAGGGAGAUCUGCAGUCUGUUGAUUAUGAGUCCAGUGAAGAAGAAGAUAUGGAAGAGGAAGAUGAGAAAGUUGUUGUCAAUGAAACAAGCAAAUUAAGCUCCAAAAAAGGUAGUGGUUUUGGUGGCAUGUUUGGGAUGCUGAAAGGUCUGGUGGGCUCUAAGAGCCUGACUCGGGAAGACAUGGAGUCAGUCCUCGAGAAGAUGAGGGACCACCUCAUCGCAAAGAAUGUAGCAGCCGACAUUGCCUCCCAGCUCUGUGACUCUGUAGCCAAAAAACUGGAGGGCAAAGUCAUGGGCACAUUCACCACUGUGGCCUCAACAGUAAAGCAGGCCCUGCAAGAUUCACUGGUGCAGAUCUUGCAGCCCAAGCGUAGGGUGGAUAUUCUACGAGAUGUCAUGGAGGCGCAGAGUCAACGAAGGCCUUUUGUCAUCACAUUUUGUGGUGUCAAUGGGGUUGGAAAGUCCACCAACCUAGCCAAGAUCUCCUUCUGGCUGAUUGAGAAUGGUUUUACAGUGCUCAUCGCAGCCUGUGACACAUUUCGUGCUGGAGCAGUAGAGCAGCUUCGUACUCAUCAGCGUCGCCUGAACUCUUUACAUCCUCCAGAGCAGCACGGAGGACGGCCAGUAGUCCAGCUCUAUGAGAAGGGCUAUGGGAAGGAUGCUGCUGGAAUUGCUAUGGAGGCCAUUGCCUAUGCCCGCAACCAGGCCUUUGACGUGGUUUUGGUGGAUACUGCUGGGCGUAUGCAGGACAACGCCCCCUUAAUGACAGCACUGGCCAAACUUAUUGCUGUCAACAUGCCUGACCUUGUGUUGUUUGUCGGAGAGGCACUUGUGGGCAAUGAGGCUGUGGAUCAGUUGGUAAAGUUCAAUCAGGCUCUGGCAGACCACUCCAUGUCUGACAAACCUCGCCUCAUUGAUGGAAUUGUUCUCACAAAGUUCGACACCAUUGACGACAAGGUCGGUGCUGCCAUCUCAAUGACGUACAUCACAGGUCAGCCCAUCGUGUUCGUGGGUACAGGGCAGACCUACAACGACCUGCGCAGCCUGAACGCCCGCGCAGUAGUCGGUGCCCUGAUGAAGGCUUAAGUGGCUGCAUGUUUUGCUGUUUAUUCAUCAUUGCAACAAGGCCAACAAAACCUUCUCUGUGCUGCCGUGAGAUGUUCCAGCUCUGCUCGCCUGCCACUCCGUCAUCGUCCUGUUCUGCCCUUUCUAUUUUGCAUCAAAUGAAAAACUCUAAUUCUGCACAGGACUUUUAUUCUGUCCUGUUAGAGAGCAGCUGUAUGUUACGAAAUCAGAACAAAUAGAAACAACGCCACAGGAGCCUCCCUUUGCAUCAUUUUUAAAGGUACAUCAGAUCACAUUCAUAUGAUUUUAACAAACUAAUGGACCCAGGUCAAAAUUGUCAGUGUACUGGUUUACACAGUAAAGACUUCUAAAAAUUUUCAACCUGGCAUUUUGUCAGUCACUUAUCCCCUUUUUGUGUAUGUGAGGUCAGGCUCGCUGGAUGUGACAUUUCAGCUGUGGCCUGUGCCUGAGGAAAGCUAAGUGACCAUAGUGCCUGUCUCAUUUUUUUUUCUUAGUAAACACUCUGUGGUUACCCAAGUGUUACCACAGUAGGUCAGAUUAGAAGCGCCUCCCUCCAGUCUUGACAAGAUGUAAUAUUUUUAGUCAGCCAUAGAGUGGGUGUGAAUACCAGCAUUUAUAAAACUAGUGUCACAUUCCCCUGUUAAGAGCUUGGAAAUAUAUUAUGGGGAGAAAAUAAUGAAUUCAAGUAAGACUGUAAACUGGGACAGUACAUUGACAAAACCUGAACUCACUAAAACUGUGGUACACUAGUCCUAAUUCACAAGUAACACAAUAUCUAUCACUACAUGAAAAACUGGAGACCCCUCAUCCCUGAAUUUACGGUUGGUGAAAAGAUAUUUUGUACAUUUUUUUUUUUUUUUAAUUUUGUCUGCAGAUUGAAGGCUACACUUUCUGUGUAGUGUCACUGUUUAAUUUAUGUUCUCCCCUCUGAUUUGAAGAAGAAGUCAGUGAUUUCUUCUGAAUUUAUAAGAUGAAAUAAUAAGUCUUAAACAUAUUUGCCCCCUUUUUAAUUUGUGGUAGUGCAAUAUAAGAGACUUAAUUAUACAGAAGGUUUGAGCUAAUUUAUGAGAAUGUAAACAUUUCUAAAUAAAGCUGCUAUAUGCUAA